UAUAGAACUGAGAAGUCUAGUGAAACCAAUGCCAGCUCGGUGAACCAAGACCGACAAUUAUCAUCUAUAAUGCCAAUAACAAACCAAAAGAUGGGAAGGCGAGUGGAUACGCUCUUCAACUGUGGUCAUAUCGAGCUUGGUUGCACAGAAAUAGGUGCCACAAAGGACCAAACAAAGGAGCUGCACGAUAGCUUUCUCAAGAUGCCUAUUGUAUUGCACGAUAUGUUGUUGUUGGCGACUUUCAGCCCAAACCUUCUGCAUCAAUCCCAUGUGAUUGGAUACAGUAUUUCAGGUUUGUAUUACUCCCGCCACAUGUUAUAA